UCUUAUUUUUGCCAUCAGAUUUUGUUCCUUAAAAAACAUUGUAAUUAUCUUUUGACCAAAAAAAACAUUAAAAUUAUCAUAAAAUCAUCCUCGAAACAGAGAGAGUUAAGAUCUAAGGAAAGGGAAGAUGGAGAGCAGACAAUCGAGCAAGAACUCGAAGAAGACCCAUGUCUUCGUAUUGCUUGCCCUGACACUACUGAGCUCGAUCGAGCGAAUCUCGUCUCUCUCUGUGACGGUCAGCGACGAUGAAUGCGUCCAAGAGUAUGUCCUUUACGAAGGAGACACCGUCUCCGGUAACUUCGUCGUCGUCGACCACGAAAUCUUCUGGGGAUCAGACCAUCCCGGUUUGGAUUUCACGGUGACGUCUCCUGCUGGGAACAUUGUACAGACGUUGAAGGGAACAUCGGGAGAUAAGUUUGAGUUUAAGGCACCGAGAAGUGGAAUGUACAAGUUCUGUUUCCAUAACCCUUACUCUACUCCUGAGACUGUCUCCUUCUACAUUCACGUUGGUCAUAUCCCCAACGAGCAUGACUUAGCCAAAGACGAACAUUUGGACCCGGUGAAUGUUAAGAUAGCUGAGCUGAGAGAGGCUCUGGAGUCUGUUGUUGCUGAGCAAAAGUAUUUGAAAGCACGUGAUACUCGUCACCGUCAUACCAAUGAGAGCACGAGGAAGCGGGUGAUAUUCUACACAGUAGGAGAGUACAUAUUCCUAGCAGCAGCAAGCGGUCUUCAGGUUCUCUACAUCCGCAAGCUCUUCAGCAAGUCCGUUGCUUACAACAGGGUUUGAACAUAACUAAAACCCCAUCAUCAAGGUUGUUAUGUUACAACUGAUGAGAACACAAUCAUAAAAAAAAACGUGUUAGUUAAUUAAGAGCUUAUUAGCGAAAGACUCCCUUUUUGUUUUCGGUUUCUACAAUUUUUCGUUGCCUUCAGUUUAAUGUGGAGAACUUGAUAAAGCUUAUAUUAUGAUUAUCAUAUGAUCAUCGUUCA